CUCGGAGCCAGCGAGACAAGGGAGCUGGACGAGCGAGAAUGCUUCAGAGCUUUCGGCGAUGCCUGCCGUCUUGCGGGGGAAGGGAAGAGCGCAGAGGCGAUACAAGAACUGCACAAGGCAAGACGAGGAUGGAACGCAGGAGGAGGAGGAGGAUCCGUGUAUGCGAAGGCAGCGGAAGACUUUGAGCGAGUGAUCCUGGAGGGAGGAGAGAGGAAGAGCAUCCCGUCGAAUCUAGUCUGCUCUCUUUGCGACGAGAUCUCCAGUAUGAUCAGCAGCUCCGUCAAGUCGGAUGUCAAGGAGAGGAGGGAGAAGAUCGAUCAGGCGACCGCCAAGCUUGAAGAUGCCGAGGCCCUGAAGGACCUUGCGCAGCUCAAUGAUGAAGUCAAGGUCCGAGCUCAGCUGAGGCAGGCCCGUAGUCUCGUUCUCUUCGCAGACUGGAAGCUCGGAGCAGAGAUGCGCUCCGCCUACCCGGAGAACCAUUGGGAGGAAAGACUUCUAGUCAAGCAGCAGAGGAAAGACAGUGUGCGCUCCAUGGCAGCGAGUCUGGGACAACGAGACGAGGAGCUAGAAAAGAAAUCGCGAGCAAAGGAGGACGCGGACCAGAAAUUCCUCAAGGCCGAGCAGCUAGUCCAGCAGGGCCUCUACCCACAAGCCCGGGAACUGCUGGAGGAGGUCGAAGGCUUGUGGCGAUUAGCCGGUAUGCUCGGUUUCCCCGGCAGACCUUUCGAGUCUGCAAUCGAAGAUCUCCUCGCCAAGAUCGACUCUGCUGCCAAGGACGGCAAGCAACAGCUUGACACACCGAUGGAGGAGGCACAAGCAACAGGAGAAAGUGACAAGCCAGUCGACUUCAACAAGGCCCUCGAUGAGCUACGUACCCAGUACAUGGAAAGCCUUGAUCGACGACUACAGUGAUGGGCUGCCUACAUUUUUAUUUGUUGAGGUCAUUUCAAUACUGAUUCCACAUGUGCAACUUAAAUGUCAAGAUG